UAACGCUAUCAAUUAUUCCUUCUCUCUCACCUGUCUGUCACCAAUUCCUCUGCGAUCUCUCUCCUCCCGGGGUAACUUCGUUGUUCUCUCGCUUAACUGGUUGGCGGUCGGGUUACCUGGAUUUGCUCUAUUGGUCUGGAAGAAAAUAUGUAUUUUGAUGGAUAUGGCUAUUAUGGAACAUCAUUUGAGCAGACUUAUCGGUGUUAUCCAGCAUCCUUUAUUGAUAAGCCACAACUCGAAAGUGGUGACAAGAUUAUAAUGCCACCAUCAGCCCUUGAUCGCCUAGCCUCUCUGCAUAUUGACUACCCAAUGCUCUUUGAGCUUCGGAAUGCUGCAACGGAACGUGUCUCUCACUGUGGAGUCCUCGAGUUCAUUGCAGAAGAAGGCAUGAUUUACAUGCCAUACUGGAUGAUGCAGAACCUUCUAUUGCAAGAAGGAGACAUUGUGAGAGUUAAAAACGUCACUCUCCCAAAGGGAACCUACGUUAAACUGCAGCCCCACACAACAGACUUUCUUGAUAUAUCUAACCCGAAGGCCAUCUUGGAAACGACAUUGAGGAGUUAUUCAUGCUUAACCACCGGGGAUAGCAUAAUGGUUCCUUACAACAAUAAAAAGUACUUCAUAGACAUAGUCGAGACAAAGCCUUCUAACGCAAUCAGCAUCAUUGAAACAGACUGUGAAGUUGAUUUUGCACCUCCCCUUGAUUAUAAAGAGCCAGAACGGCCUGCAGCUCCUGCUCAGGCCAAAGGUCUGGGGAAAGUUGAAGAAGAGCCUCCAGCUGAACCAGAACCAAAGUUUAACCCUUUCACUGGAACCAGUAGACGUUUAGACGGGAAACCUCUGUCCUAUCAGCCAUCAGUCGUGUCUUGUUCCAAAGACAAGCAGCCAGCCGUUGCUGCUGAUGGUAGUGGCCAGUCGUCAUCGAUAACAAGCAGUUCUCGUCAGUCUCAGGGGAAACUUGUGUUUGGGGCAAACCCAAAUCGUACGCAAAAGGGAGGUGGGAAAGAUGAAAAACAAGAGCAACCGGAGAAGAAAGAAGAGCCCAAGUUUCAAGCUUUUACUGGGAAGAAGUAUUCAUUGAGGGGUUGAAAUUGAGCCAUUUGCUCAGCCAUCUCUUUAGUGGAGCACAGUAGUUGCAUUCAUGAUUUCUCCAUUAUGUUGUGUGUAUUAUGUCAAAAGAAACAAAAACAGAAAAGGAAAUAAUAACCACCCUUUGUUCA